CUUAGCUUGCCCGUCUGUAAUACUAGAAAUCAUUGUGCUCCUCCUUCCCAAUGGGUCUGUCUCAGAAAUUUCCUUCCUUCAGCUGUGAACUGAGAAUAAUACAAGCUCAAAACGUUGAGUUCAAUUCCAAGGGAAAGGGAAGCCUUUUUACCAGGUUUUAUCUUUCCGCAGGAACCAACAAAAGAAUUCAAGUGGACACCCAAAAGAUCUCUUUCCAGUCUGCCUCAUUCUGGGAUGAAUCCUUCUGUUUAGAUUGUUCGUGCACCGAGGAAUUCUUGGAGAUCCUGAAGCAGGAAAGCAUCGUGUUGGAGGUCCGUCAGAGCAACACCGCCCUUGUUCUAGGGAAAAUCUUGGGUUCACGUAUCCUAGGAAGGGCUGAGAUUCCAUGGAAAGUUGUUUUUGAAUCGCCAAACACGGAGUUCAACGAAUGGGUGAAGAUGGAUCUGGAGAGUGAAAAUGGUGUCAAGCCAAUUAAGCUGCAAGUGGAAAUCAAAAUUCAAGUGCCGUCGGCUUCAGAGAUGGAGAACCAGAUAAGGAGGUCGAUGAAGAAGCGGGAGGAGUGUGGAUGCAAGGAAUUAGGCCAUGAUCAUGAUCAUGACAUAUUUGUUAUUGCUGCAGCUUUAGAAGCUUUCUAGGCACAGAAAUUUACUAAUUCGUGAUUAAGGUUGCGCGCGUGGUAAUUCAUUGGUUUUGGUCCAAGAUAAUCAUCAGUUUUGUCUGUUUUCUACUCAUUACUCAUUGACUUUUGAAGUGUAAAUUCAUCCCUCGUUUCAGCAUAAAAGAGCUUGUAAGAGUUUUUGAAA